AUGAUGGCAUCGAAGGGAGGGGGUUGCGGGAGGGCCCUCCUGCGAAACUACCCUUGGGGGAGGGAUAACCAAAGCAAGCUGGGUGUGGCAAGGAACUUCUACACGCAGCGGACAGUGCGUGCCCUGCACAUAAGUGGAAGGGAUAUACGAAUUGGAGCAAUCACAGCGAACCAUACAAGGGCGUUGCAUAAUCAACACAGAUGCACCUACUACACUAGCAGUGAUGGAAAGAAGUACGACAAAACCAUUUGGAGCAAUUUAGGAAUUGUUAUUAUACCACAACAGACAGCAUACAUAAUUGAGCGCCUGGGAAAAUAUAAAAAAACAUUAUUGGCGGGCAUCCAUUUUAUCAUCCCCUUUAUAGACAAAAUAGCCUACGUGUUUUCCCUAAAGGAGGAAACGAUAACUAUUCCUAACCAGACGGCUAUUACAAAGGACAACGUAACAUUAAAUAUUGAUGGGGUACUCUACAUAAAAUGCGAAAACCCGUACAACUCUUCAUAUGGUAUUGAAGACGCUUUUUUCGCUGUAACGCAGUUAGCGCAAGUUACCAUGAGAUCGGAGUUAGGGAAACUUACCCUAGACGCGACCUUCCUUGAGCGAGAUAAUCUGAACGAAAAAAUUGUUAAAGCUAUUAAUGAGUCGUCCAAAAACUGGGGUAUUAAAUGUAUGCGGUAUGAAAUUAGAGAUAUAAUUUUACCAGUUAAUAUUAAGAAUGCCAUGGAGAAACAAGCAGAGGCAGAACGGAGGAAGCGAGCAGAAAUUUUACAAAGUGAGGGAGAAAGAGAGAGCGAAAUUAAUAUUGCCAUUGGAAAGAAAAAAAAGUCCAUUCUUAUUGCAGAGGGACAAUCAUUCGCAAUCAAAGCCAAAGCAGAUGCUACCGCAGAAGCUAUAGAAAUUAUUUCAAAUAAAAUAAAGAAGCUAGAUUCUAAUAGUGCAAUUUCUCUUCUCAUUGCUGAGCAGUACAUUGACGUUUUUUCCAACAUAUGUAAGAACAAUAACACCGUUAUUAUUCCAGCCGAUUUGAACAACAUUAGUAGUUUAAUUUCGCAGUCUUUGUCUAUAUAUAAUAACAUACAGAAUGCCAAGAGAGGAAGUUCUCCUCCACAAAUUGAGGCCCUCCCACAUGAUGACUUAGCACAUUCCGAAGCGAAGGACUGA